AUGGACCUGUCACGACUCCUGAUAUGUAAGUGUACUUACGACUUCUCCCGUUACUAUGCUCAAUCCAAUGCUAAUACCAAGAAACGGAUGAACCCCCAAGGCCCUUGGAAAACAAACUCCAAAACCUCCCUCGAGACGCUCGGGGAUCGAAGUUAUAUUAUCGACACCAAUCUAGCCUACACUUCCAAGUUCUUCAGCCGGGAAGUCCUCACUUACAUGUACAGCAAAAUGUGCACCUGCACUAUCCUCUACCACAUAUCAACCAACGACCUCUUAUCUAUCUCUCUAGAGCGCAUCAAAUUCCUCUGGACCGGCCUCGUAGCAGACCGCGCCAUCACCGAGCUCCGCCGCCUCCCGCUAACGCGCAUGACGGUCGUGAUCGGGGCCUUCACCACCGUAUACCUCACGCGCCAAGAAGCCCUGUUCCGUCGGUAUUUCCAGCGUGCCACAGCCCACGUAACGCAAGCUCUAGGCGUAUUCGAGCUGUUGGAGCUGCGCGGCAUCGAAUCCGUCCGCGUCGAGUGCUACGGCCACCGCUUGGCCUUGAUGUCCGAGGACGACCGGCUAUGCUUGGAGCAUCUCUUAGUCGAGCACGUUUCCAGAACGCGAGUGAGAUAG